CCAAUGACGCUUGCCUCAGUUUUUACACGCUCGAGUAAUUUACCAAAAAGUAAUACUUGGUUGGAUCUUGAUUUCUCGAAGAAACAUUUAAACUGUAUUUCACCAUUGAUUAGGAAUUGACUAUGUUCAAGAUUUAUCAAGGGUUAUUAGACCUAGUGUUUCAAACAUGAGAGCUGAAGUGGACUUUCCAUCAAGUUUACGCUCUACGGUUUACUGUCAAAGUUUACCCGUUCCACUUGUUAGGCAGAGACCAAGUUCGGUCGGAUUUCGUGGAAACAAAAAACUAGCCAGACGAUCAAGGGAAGCUCCCAAAGUAUGGGCGUUUCAAGUGAACGAUGGCCGCCUGUUGAGGGACCAGCAAUGGGUGCCUACAAGAACCCCACAAACACAUAUUCCAUACAACUCUUUAAGUUACAAUGGACUUGACGAGAAUACUCUGCAUUGGAAAUCUUGGAUAUCAUAUAAAGAUGAUUGUAAGACCAAUAAUCAUGACUUGUCAAUGUACAGAAUUACACAGGAUGUCUUUCGGAAACUGUCGAUCCAAGUGAAGGAAGUAAAAGAAAGACUCACUAACUCCACUGGUUCUGGAUUUAAAACAUACCAUUCUAUUGGUGACAAAUAUGUCUCUGUUAUCAAACCAAGUCAGCUAGCAAGUAACAUCCCCAGCCCCUCAGUUUCAAUAUCAUCCGAUUACAAUCCUGAUAAAAUGAGUGCUGUAUUGACAACACAGUCUAUAGGCACAUCCAACAAGAGGAGACCCCAUUCUACCACUGUAUUAUCUCGUCAGCGAAUAAAGCUUGGAAAGCGCCCUCAUUCAACCACAGGGACAAGACUAUGUUACCAUCAGUAUUCAGAUUCCGAUCGACUGACGCCAGAUAUUAUUGGAGCUCUUAGUGAGGGAGAAAUGACAGACCGCGCUAAAGAAUUUCCUGGGCCAUUCGAUAUCGUGGCACGAGAUUCUAAGCCAUGCGAAUCUGAAUCUGAACGAUUUAUUGAGUAUGACCCUGAUUUGGAGAAAAGGGAAAUUUUAGAGGUUAAAAAACUAGAAGAGGAGGACCUUUCCAAAAAGGAAAUGGUUGAAAAGAUGUUUGAAUAUGAAGAUGAGGAUGAAGUUCUGGAAAGGCAUAAGAGUUUGGCAGCAAUGAUACCAGAAGAGGUGGAUGAAGAUGAGGUAAUAUUUGAUUAUCGUGGAUUUAGUGCUCCAUAUAAACCACAAGCAGAUUAUGCUGAAGCUCUCAGUGAACCGUUUUGUCAUAUGGAUCUCCUGGAAUUAAGUCUAUUGGACAAAGACUGGCGUACUGUAAUGCGCAAAAUGCCAGAAAAUGACGAGCUAGCGAUAAUUGAACGUUUGAUUGAAUUGGAGAGAGCACAAUUUAAUACUGAAAGAUGGGAAAGAAAAGAACGUAUACCUCCCAAAAGGGCACCAUCAGCUCUUCAAGAAACAAAAGGAUGGAAUGGCGAGGCUGCUCUUCCAACUGAAAGAGCACAGAGUGCUUUGGCACGACAUAAGACCAAUAAGAACUGUAGCGAAUCAUGCACUGAAAUACUAUGUGUGGGGGACUGCCCAAGUAAGAAACAGAAGAAUAUAAAAUCUUGCUUACACUGUCGACAAGUGUAUUGUGAUGGUUCUUGUACUGAGUAUGGAUACCAUUUAUAUGUUAGACAACCAAAGGAAGAUGAUGAUGUAGUUCAUCUCCCAAAAUCUUGUAGACGUGGUUGUUGUAGUUCUUCUAAGAUGAACACUAUCAAUUCAAAUCAAAUGAUAAUGGGUAGACCCAAGUCAGCAUUUGCAACAUUUACCAGUACAAAGCAUAGUAGUGCUAAAGCUAAGCCUAUGCAGUUGAGUGAUACCCCAGGGGCAGAAAGGGUCCGUAGUGCCAUGAUGAGUUUGGGUUUAAAAGAACCAAGUAGACCUUCCACUGGUAAAAAAAUAACUCGUGCCAGAGGCCGAAAUGCCAUGAUUCCCGGUAAAAGCUAUCAAUCACAGCGCAGGUAUUCUUUGACGGAAGAGCCACUCAGUACUAGUGCCGCUAAAAUGAAUCCAAAAGGCCUACAUUACAAGAAAAAAUCAAGACCAAAAGCUGUUAAACGCUGAACACGCCUUCUGUCCUAAAUAGGAAUGUAAUUAUCUUUGAUGUUAAGGAGUUGCAGUAAUUGAGGAAGUGUUUCAAUUGAAAACACUAGAAUAGUGUUGAGGCAAUAUAUUUUCUAUAAUUAAAACAUUUCUAAAUAAUGGUAUAUUUAUAUUUACAUUUUUUAAAAAUUUCAUGAACUACCGGUAAAUGACAACGAAUUAUGAGAGUUAUAAUAAAUUAACUAUUCAGAAGAUGAAAUAAUUUACAGUAUAUUGAAAUGCCAUUAAGAGGCUUAUGUAGUGGAAUUGUUUUUAAUAGCAGCAAGAACCUAUUGUCCAUAGCUACAGUACUUAAGUUAGGUGUUGUCAUUUAACAUGGGCGUCGUCUGUUUAGUUCCACUAAAUGGGUCAAAAUACUAAAUAUGACCAUUGAGUUUUUAUUGGAACAGGAAUUUAGUUUCCUUUCCUUUCCUUCUUGAUUUCUGCACGCCAUCAAACCAAAACCAGUCUACGCCCUUUUUAUCAGCUACAGCCACCCUUGGGAUAUAUGUUUAGAAGUGCUAUAAUAAGUGUGUGCAUAUUGUAAGUUUGUGUACAGUAUUUAAAAAUAAAUUAUGACAACAUACACA